UCAUUGUUUACCAUCAGCACCAGACGGACAGAGGAAGACAGGCUCGGUCGUGUGAAGAAGCUCAUGUGUGGGAAUUUACUAAAAUGUGACUUUUUAACAGCAUGCUAGCUUGACAGCCAUCCGGAUAUGGCUGAACUGGCCGAACGAGGACCACGACGACUGAUGCCUUAAUCCUCCCCAGCUUGCCUUGUAGCCGAGGAGCCCAGAACAAGAUGCUGCUGAAGAUGCCUCAGAAGCUGCUGAAGACUGCCCACUACAUCGAGCUGGGCAGUUACCAGCACUGGCCGGUGCUGAUACCCCAGAGGAUACGGCUGUACACCUACGAACAAAUCCCCCUUUUCCUCAAAGAAAACCCGUACAUCACAGACGGCUACAGGGCUCACCUGCCCUCCAAACUCUGCCUGAAGAGUAUUUUUAUUCUGUCCAAUGAGACAGUGAAUAUCUGGAGCCACCUUCUGGGCUUCCUGCUUUUCUUCUCUCUGGGGGUCAACGACCUCUCAUCAGUGCUGCCAGCUUCUGGAGCUAACAGAGAGGACUACGUCAUCUACGCUAUUGGACUGUUCUGCUUCCAGGUGUGCAUGUUGUGCUCGGUGGGCUAUCACCUGUUCUCGUGCCACCGCUCAGAGAAGACCUCCCGUCGCUGGCUGGCGCUGGACUAUGCCGGCAUUUCGGUCGGCAUCCUGGGCUGCUACGUCCCCGGGAUCUUCUACGCUUUCUACUGUAACGCUUUCUGGCGACAGGUCUACCUGCUGACCGUCCUGUCCCUGAUCCUGGCCGUCUUCUGUGCUCAGGUCCACCCCCGUUACCUCAGUAACGACUGGCGGCGGAUACGCAUGACAAUCUUUUGCUGUGUGGCAGGCAUCAGCGUGGUUCCUGCAUGCCACUGGGUCUGGCUCAACGGAGGAUUCACCACCGACGUCGUACAGCUGUUCCUGCCUCGUGUGAUAGUGAUGUACCUGAUAGCCGGAUCCGCCUUCCUGUUCUACGUCACCAAAAUCCCCGAGCGCUAUUUUCCUGGCCAGCUGAACUACCUGGGCGCCAGCCACCAGGUGUGGCACGUCCUGGUAGUGGUGAUGUUCUACUGGUGGCAUCAGACCGCCGUGCACAUCAUGCACUUCAGACACAGCAAGUCCUGUCCAUCCCGGAGCAGCAGCUAAGUGAUGCUCAUCACGUGACAUGGUGCAGCGGCGGCUGGCUGAUAACCACCACGUUCAUACUAACAACACGUAGCUGUCACCGUGUCAAACACUAACUACACGAGGCUUCUGACAACCAGCUGCUAAAAUGUACAACUGACGGAGACGGUGAUGAGUUUCUCUUGACUUUCAGUCGGUCUGUUGUCUCUGCUGUUUGUCCAGUAGCUCUCAUGCUGCACCGGUUAGUCAGCUGGAGAUGCUGCAGGACUCUGAGUUCGGUUUUUAGCGACUGUGAAUUAUUGUUGGACCCGAGCAGCAGCGCCUCAUCCAACCCUCCCACAGACAGACAGACAGAAACUGUACCUUUUGCAUCGUUAGAUUACUGCAUGAACAAGUGUUUUUUUAUUUAUUUGUAGGAACAAACAAGCUUUGGUGUUUUAAAGUGAGACACAUGUCGUCUCACGGCUGACUCAGAUUGUGUUUUCUUUGUACAGAAGUAUUGAAAAACCAUCAAUAAGGUUUUUUUGUAGAAUCAAACAUAAUAGCCUGCGAGAACAACAACGUUUAGCCUGUAGCUUUGUUGUAACUGUCGGUUCUUAUGAAGUUCAUUAAUAUGAAACGUCUUCAUCACAGCGACUGGAGCAUCGAUGUGAGUCGUGUAUCUCCAGGAGGAACAGCGAUUCGAUGUCUCCAGCAUUCUGAGCUUUUGAACAAAUCAUACCUGAUCAAUCAAUCUGCAAGGUCCAGCUUGCAAAAAGAAAAAACAAACCAGUGUGGGGAACCUGCUGAGGUUGCAGUGCAUUAUUUUAUCAAGACUUCCUGGGUUGUGCUUUGUGUCUUUUAUUUUGUGUGUCUUGUUUGGUUUUUGGAACAGUGAUGAGAAAAUAAAUCCUCUGUGUAGUUGUGGAAGCCAGCAUGUUGGGCCUCCUGGCACAUCAGAGGAAACCCCAGAGCAGCAGAGUUCAUCACGAGGCUGAGCGUCGCCUCCUGCAGCGUAGCCGUCACCACCGACAUGUUAGCGCUUCCUUCUCCUCGUCCGUCUGUCUCUGAACACAAUGCUACUUAAACCGAGGUUCUAAUUUUGGUCCUCCAGCGUGUCAGCUGCAGUUUUAAAUAAAGAAAACAUCGUGAUCACACAUUAAACUCCAUUCUGGCCAGUAGACAGAAGCUGAACAGGCUUCCAGAGGAGGUACAGCAAUAAUGCAGCGUUUAUACUGUACAGGACGGGUUAAUCAGACUCAUUUAUCUCUGCUGGUGUGCGAACACUUUUGAUCUAAUGUGGCCUGAAACAAACGGAGGUGAAAGGGUUUUUGUUUUUGUAGCUUCAUUGAUGCUCAAUCAGGAUUGAAGGAGGAGGCUCUUAAUCGUGACAGAACAUGAGAUUUAAGGCCAGUUUUAUCUGUUACAGCUGCCUUUUUUUAAACAGUUAUUUUUCAUCAGCACUCUUUGGGACGUUAAUGUUUUGUGUUAAAUGACUUUAUUUGCCUUAUUUUCUCUGUGUAUUUGUUUGUACUGUAUUCUCACUUACUGUUACAGUCUCUGGGUCAGGAAGUGACCCCGAACCAGAACAAAAUGAUGAAACGCCACCAGGCCAGUAUGGGUUUUCUUUGUUUUUGUAUUCUACAGUGUAAUGUUUAGAACAGAUUCAGUCUGAGAGCACUAACCGCUGCCGACGACAGCACUUGAACACAAGAGGUGACUUUACUUUGCCAUGAACUGCUCGAUCUUUUUCAAACGAUUGUUUUUGUGUUUUUUUUUGUGUGUCUUCCUUGAAUAUCAUUUGUAUGAUGACGCGCCGGCACUGACUGAUGAGCUGUAUUAUAUGUAUUUCAGUGCCUCUGUGAAAAUAUAUUUUUAAACAUUUUGAAUGAAUAAAGAAUGCUGGAAAAUCA